AUGGGACAUGGGUCAGAUGUUACAGUAUUUGUUAAAAAUGACAAAACUGUUCCAAUCCUGGUACCUGAGGAUGUGAAAAAGGCCCCAGAAUUCAUCACAUCAGCUAACGUCAGAAGGGCUGUCGGGGUGAAAUCAUGGAACAACUAUGUGUUUGCAAACACUGGUGAUGGCGUUAUGCGUGCAUAUGAUUCCUUGAAAGCAAUUUGUGGGGAGCUUUCGCUAGGAGCACCAGAUCGUAUCACAUCCGUUUCGAUGAGGAAAUACAUUGUAACUCUCAGUCAGGUGAUCGAUAUGAAAGAGCAUGAGUUGGAGUGGUUGUGUAACCAUUUGGACCAUACAGCCCAAAUCCACAAAUUACAUUACCGUUCUACGAGCGGUUUCAUAGAAAGGGUCAAUAUUGGAAAGCUGAUGCUGCUUCAAGACGUCAACCUUGCGGGGAAGUAUGCAGGGAAACGACUGAAAGACAUCAACUUGGCAGGUGGAUUUUCAAACAGUAAGGGAACAUUUUUUUUCAGACUCCAGAGCUAUGCUUCCAGGAGCAAAGGCCUAGAUGCAGUUGAUGAGUCAUUGGCAGCAGAUCUUUCAGAAGUUGAGAAAAAACUUUUGGAAACACAAGACCUGAUGAAAGUCAGAGGGAAGAUGUUGAACCUUGAUAAAUAUCAAAUGGAUUGGAUUUUGAAUCAUCUUGGACAUACCAGAGCUGUACAUAAAGAGCACUACAGGCAGAUGUCUGGACUCCUGGAGAGGACCCAAGUUUCAAAGAUGCUUCUUGUACAAGAUAUGAAUUUGAUGUCAAAAUUCAAAGGAAAGCGAUUGGAGGAGGUAGACAUAAGAGACAUUGUGUUUCCUGACCAAGAGAAAACUGAUGAUGAACCAAAGGAUUUGUCCUUCCCAACUGACUCACUUGAAUGCGAAGAAGUUGCAGAUGUCUUCCAGACAGAGAAGAUUCUUGAAGAGGAAAAAUCUGGUGAUGGUGAUGAUGAUGAUGAUGAACAGAAUUGCAAUGAAGAAAUGGAUACAGAUGAUGGCGGAAAUCCCGUGCAGCACAAAAAGAAAAAAAGAUUCACUGUUAAAAAGGGAGACUGUACAAUAUUCAAUGCACAGAGUAUGGAAAGUUGGAAGGCCAAAGGGCUAAAGGCUUUGGCAAACAGAGAAGAAACUCUAAAAUGUUUCUUGGAAGAUUUGGCUUGGGCUGUAAAAGGUCAGAACAAGACAUUGGAUGACAAAGCACAGGAGGAUGAGACAUCGAGUGACAAAGCACAGGAGGAUGAGACAUCGACACAAGAGGAGGAGACAUUGGAUGAGAAAGUACAGGAGGAAGAGACAUCGGAUAACAAAGCACAGGAGGAUGAGACAUUGGAUGACAAAGCACAGAAGGAUGAGAAAUUGGAUGACAAAGCACAGAAGGAUGAGAAAUUGGAUGACAAAGCACAGAAGGAUGAGAAAUCGGAUGACGAAGGAGUGGAGGAGGAUGAGACAUCGGAUGACGAAGGAGUGGAGGGGGAUGAGACAUCGGAUGACUUAUCGGAUGAAAAAGGACAGGAGGAUGAGACAUCGGAUGACAAAGCACAGGAGGAUGAGACAUCGAGUGACAAAGCACAGGAGGAUGAGACAUCGGAUGACAAAGCACAGGAGGAUGAUACAUCGGAUGACAAAGCACAGGAGGAUGAGACAUCGAGUGACAAAGCACAAGAGGAUGAGACAUUGGAUGACAAAGUACAGGAGGAAGAGACAUCGGAUAACAAAGCACAGGAGGAUGACACAUUGGAUGACAAAGCACAGAAGGAUGAGAAAUUGGAUGACAAAGCACAGGAGGAUGAGACAUCGGAUGACGAAGGAGUGGAGGAGGAUGAGACAUCGGAUGACGAAUGA